CAGCUCCCUCCCUCCGUCCCUCCGUCCCUCUCCCACACUAUGACUUGACUUUACCACCCCACACUCCUUCAUCUGUCGUUCCCUUCAUUUCCUCCUUCCACAGCUUGUCUGACAGGAUACACUCCCUUUACCCGUCGUGCAACUACACUCACUUCUUUAUCCCAGUCGUGCCAGUCGUACUUCAGCACCUCACAGCUCCCAGGAAACUCGCAACUAGUCUUUCUAUCUUCUCCUUACGGUGAUACGGUUUCGCCACUGCUAAAUACUACUACGAACUUGAGCUCUUCCAUCCACCACAAGAUGCGUCACUUCAUCCUUGUCGCUUCAGCUCUGGCCGCUAGUGUCUUCGCUCGUCCGCACAUCCAUGCAAGGCAGCUGGGAGUUGUCUAUGAGACUAAAAUGAUCAUACAGACAGUCGUCGUCACGGUUACUCGAGGCUACACUCUACCUACAUCCACCUCUUCGGCGCUAUCCGCUACCGAUAGCCCCAAGGACACUCCAACCCCGGAGCCGAAGCCCCAGCCUGUGCCUAAGCCUGAGCCCUUGACUUCCAAGGUUCCUGAUACUCCCUUUAUGUCACAAGCGCCUAUGCCCAGCUACAGUCCUACGCCCAAGCCUGCCGAUCCAGUUCAAAAACAUCCAUCGGGCAAAGACCAGGCCUACCUCUCUUCUGGACCCGAAUAUCAAGCUGCUAUACUGUUCCAUCACAACGCCGCUCGUGCGAAUCACGAUGCAGCUCCACUGAUCUGGGACUUCGCCUGCGAGGAAAAUGCGCGUAUUGCUGCUAGCAGGUGCGACUUCGAGCACUUCACCCCGCAGGGCGCCGGCCAAGGUCAAAACUUGUUUGUUGUUUCUGGUGACGCGUUCAACGUUACGGCGGGCAUAUCGGAGACCUGGUACCAUGGCGAGCUUCCUCAUAUGACACCUUGGUUUGGCAAGAGUGACCUACCUCAUGAGGUCUUCGAGAAGGUCGGUCAUCUUACACAAAUGGUGUGGAAGGACACUACCAAGGUCGGAUGCGUCUCUCUUGACUGUGGUGGGGCCAUGACUGUCAACGGCAUAGGUUCGGCCAUGAACAAGUACACCGUCUGCAAUUACGCUCCGUCGGGUAACUAUAAAGGCCAGUACGGAGCGAAAGUCGCGCCUCCCGUCCCCUCCGCUAAUAUCGUCGGCUGGGCGGACUAGUCGUCACUCAAGUGGGAACGUCCUUUUUCUUUUCGAUAAUUCCGAUGAUGUGGGCUACUGUACAAUACCAUGAACAACCAGCAUCUAAGUAGUUCCAAAUGCAGUUUACGUCGAUUCAAUAUUCAUGUCGUUGCCUCAAAGUUCUCAUGAUGCGUGGAGCUGAAACUCGUUUGUGACCGACCCAUUGGUGUUCUUCCGUGUCGCUUCAAC